AUUUAUCCAGUAAAAUAUUUUGGUCCUUUUGAAAUCUUUUUCAACGGAAACAAAAAUUGUUGUCAUACUAAUGAAGAAUUAUUAUAGUCAUUAUAAACCAUAUAAUUUUCCACAUUUUUCGUAUCUUCCAACUUCAUUUCUACUUGCAGUCAACAUCUUUUAACAAUAUUCGAAUUGAAUGACAUUCAAAAUUAUCACUUAUUGAAAAUAUUGGAAUAAUGAAUUUUCCACUGUAACACAUGGCACUUUUUCCCAAUAAACGUGAAGUACUAUAUUCGAGAUAUCUACUCCUAAGCAAUUUUCAAAGACGUAAGCCAAGUCCCCUCUAUAAUAUAAAAAAAGAGAUAGAUCAAAAUUGUCUUUUUGGGAGAGAACUUACUUUGAAAAUACACUUCAUUAUUCUCAUGCAAUUAUUGAUUUGAUCUAUAUUAGUUGACUAAACAACAACUGGUAGGUCAAAUGAGGUGACUAUGAAAUAUACUAAGUACUUUUAAUUGAAAUAAUAUUUACCAUCACAUUUGAAGUAUUAAUAAACAAAAGCAUCUAAAAGAUAGUUAACCAAAAUAUUUUUUGAUCCAAAGGAGAGGACUGAGGGCCAUAAAGCCUUUUCACACGUUCAAAUAGGAAUGAAUUUGAUCAAGAUACAUAUUAUCAUUUAAUAAAAAGCUCAUUCAAAAACUUGCAUACAGUUUAAGUAAUUAGCUGAGAAUGUGUGGAGAUUUAUUGAAAACUAGAAAGAAACGAUAUCUGCAUUAUCAUUAUAUCAUAUUCUUCUGCAGUGUAUUGUCAAGAUCCCGAAUAAACUUGAAUUCAGAAACAUCUACUCCCUCAAUAUCCAGGAUACCGUUGAGAAAUGGAGCCAGUAUACAAUCUUCCAUAUGUUUAAAUUCAGUCAAUUCUCAGGAAAGAGUGACUAUACUUAAUUAACAUCGGCAGUUAAUUGCACAAUUCACGUCAUUACAAAAAGUUCAAGGGUACUCAAAAAUAUUUUAAAUCUGAUUUUGGUACAGAUGAUCAUGUUGAGUUUUUCAUCUCAAUCAAGUAGUAACAUUAUUAACAAUAUAGAGAAUGGAUCAAAUCCUGUAUUGUCAAUAAAUACUACAGUACUCAUGAAAACAAAUAACCAAUCAACUAAGUCUUCUAAAUCUAUGGCUAACACGACCGAUUCACUUGAAUGGGCACGUAUACAGUUUACUAUACUACCUGUUCUAUCCUUACUUAUAGGAUGCAUAGGAAUAAUUGGAAACUGUUUAAAUUUUCUUGUUUUACAUGCUUAUCCAACGUCUCAAGUGACAUUUGGAGGUGAAUGUACAGCACGUGUAAAUUUACUUGGUCUAGCAUUGGCUGAUUUUCUUGUUUGUUUAACAUCUUUACCAUUGGGCUAUGUUCAACGACGUUAUACAAGUCAUAAUUUUAUGCUUUAUUACACUAUUUAUGGCCCUGGGCUUGUGACUUAUUUUCUAACCGUUAGUGUUUGGAUGGUAUUACUAAUGAGUAUUGUACGCUACCUGGUAGUUUGUCGACCUUUAGCCUCUCGUGCAUGUCUUACAUCACGUCAUAUGUUACAUAUUAUUACUCUGUUGUAUUUGCUGGCAUUGCUUUUUCAUAUCCCAUCAUUUUUAACAUAUACCUAUAGUGAAGAAAAGGUUAGUCAUAAAAGAAUGUUAAAUUCAACAAUACAACAAUCAGAACAACAAACUCACCGAAGGAGUUAUCCAACAAAUACAAGCAGAACACAUUUUAACAAAACCGAAAAACAUAAUCCAGUGACAAUAUUUGUUAUCGAACGUGAGAUCUGGAAGACUGAAAGUAUACGAAUAGCAUAUACUGUUAGUCAAAUAAUCUUGACAAAUAUCGGUCCAUUUAUUGGUGUAGUUAUAACUAAUGUCUCGGUGAUUAGAGCGUGUCGUCAAAGUGACGCAUGCAGAAAAUCAUAUACAUAUGAUUCCCAUAAAACAUUUGAAAAAUGUAAUAAUAAUAAUGUGACUCAGGAACACUCUAGUACACAAACAAGACUACAAAAACGUUAUCUUCAUUAUUUUCAAAGAGAUUCGAAUAACACGCACCAACAACAUGUGGGUACUGGUAGCUGGCGUACAAACUCACAAGGCAAAUCAUCAGCUCAGCGUUUACAACAAAGAGCCACAAAUCGUGUCACUCCAUUACUACUUGCAGUUAUCAUAGCAUUUCUACUGUUCACUGCACCAUUCGGUAUUGUACAUUUUGCUUGUCUCCAAGUAAUGAGCGAAAUGGGUUCGCUUGUUCGCCAUGACAGAAAUGCUCGUAUACUAUAUAUGACAUUAAAUUUAACAGUAGAAUGGACUAAUGUGGUUCAAUUGCUGGGAUGCGCAUCAAACUUUUUCCUCUACUUUCUAGUUUCUACAACGUUUCGUCGUACGACUAAACGUCUUUCCCAACGUUUUUAUAGAAAUGUACGUGAGUAUAAAUGUCCGAACAUCUUAAAAAUCCUAUGCUCAGAUUCAAAAGAUUCUUCAUGGAAUUCAGAUACAAGAACAAAUGAGCUACGUAGGAAAUUAGCUGAUAAUUUAGAUAAACAAUUUCAUCCUCAAGUCGUUCCAACUUCUAACUGCCAACAUAACGAAAAUCAAUGUAAACUUGGUCACACUUCCAACACCAAUAACAAUCAAAUUAUUAUUUACAAUAAUAAUAAUAGUAACGAAAAUGAUAAACGGAUUCGGAAUUCAGUAAAGCUACAAUUUUGUCGUUUAAAUCGUAAACGUUCAAAGAGUACACAAAGUCAAACACUGAACACUAAAUCUCCAAACAUCAUUAAUCCUUUGUGUUGUAUCAAUGAUGAUCUUCUUGGUAUACAUACAAGUCCAAUGCCAUGUAUCAAUUCAUCAAUUUCAGAUAAAAUAUCUUGUAAUUGUGUUGGUUUUCAUGAAGCUCAUUAUAAAUAUCUAAUGAACACAUCCAUUUUGGCUAGUUCCUUAAGAGGGUUAGCAAUCUGUCCCGAAUGUGCACAUGUUGUUGGAGGUUAUGCUUCAUUACCAGAAAGUAAAUCAUGUUUAUUAAAACCUUGUAGUAGUACAAGUAGUAAAAACAAUACUCAUUGUUUGAAUAAUACAACAACAAAUACAUCAGAAACCCUAGGAAUAAUACCAUUAGUUUCUGAUGAGCGAAAUAUUUAUAAACACUAUGGAAAUCUAAAUUAUUCAGUAAACAAUGUUAAUAAAAUUACUGUCGAGAAUGAUAACAUGAAUAGUGAACAAACAAAUAACUCCUAUAGUUUACCUGUUCAAAGUGCAUCAAACUGAAAAUUAGAAUAAAAUUAAAUUAUCAUCAAUAUACAUUCACUAUUAGAUUUAUGAGUAUAUUUUACAACUAGUUUUGUUGUUAAUAGUAAUAAGGCACUAAAUACAGAAUACCAAUCUAUUUUUUGAGAUUAAACUGUUUUAUUAAUGCUUUUUUUUCUUUUUUUAUUGUUGAAAAGUGAUUUAAUUAUUUACCAUUGUUAAAACAACUGUUGAAUAAAUAACGACUUUAACAUACUACAACAUUGAUAGGUAUAUACAUAAGUAAUUGUAAAAUUGUAAAACAAACUAUCUGUACGGAAAAAAACACAGAAAAAAAUGAACUUCGUUAUAUCUUCAUCUCAUUUAUUAGCUAUGUGUUUAACUUUAUUAAACCAUUUCCAGAUAACAAACAAAGAUGAUGACUUCCUUACCUGUGCUCAAUUCGUAUUUGCAUAAUACUAAUAAUAAUAAUAAUAAUAAUAA